AUGUCUUCCCUUCCUCCCGUUUACAUUGUUUCCACAGCCCGUACUCCUGUCGGCUCAUUCUUAGGAUCCCUUUCGAGCCUGUCUGCUCCUCAGCUUGGUGCUCAUGCCAUCAAAGCCGCCGUUGAACGGGCCGAGGGCAUCAGUGCCACUGAUGUGCAAGAAGUGUUCUUUGGAAACGUCCUCUCUGCGGGUGUCGGACAAAACCCUGCUCGGCAAUGCGCCGUUGGUGCUGGCCUUCCCGAGUCUACCGUGAGCACUACUGUCAACAAAGUCUGUGCCUCCGGUUUGAAGGCUGUGAUUCUAGGUGCUCAAACCAUCAUGACUGGUAACGCUGACAUUGUUGUCGCCGGUGGCACCGAGUCCAUGUCAAACACUCCUCACUACCUCCCCAAUCUCCGUACUGGUGCCAAGUACGGCAACCAAAGCUUGGUCGAUGGAAUCAUGAAGGAUGGUCUCCAGGAUGCAUAUGGAAAGCAGGACCUUAUGGGUCUUUCCGCAGAGGAAUGCGCUCAGGACCAUGACUUCAACCGCCAACAGCAGGAUGACUACGCCAUUCGCACGUAUGAAAAGGCCCAGGCUGCGCAGAAGGCUGGUGCUUUUGAUUAUGAAAUUGCCCCUAUCGAGAUCCCUGGAUUCCGCGGCAAGCCUGGUGUGACCGUGUCCCAGGAUGACGAGCCUAAGAACUUGAACCCUGACAAGUUGCGUAGCAUAAAGCCUGCUUUCAUUCCUGGUACUGGUACUGUUACCGCCCCUAACUCAUCUCCACUAAAUGAUGGCGCUGCAGCAGUUGUCCUGGUUUCCGAGGCUAAGGUCAAGGAACUUGGUCUGAAACCUAUUGCCAAGAUUCGUGGCUGGGGUGAUGCUGAGCAGAAGCCAAGCAAGUUCACUACCGCUCCUGCCUUAGCUAUUCCCAAGGCCCUGAAGCACGCUGGCGUGGCUCAGGACUCUAUCGAUGCCUUUGAGAUUAAUGAGGCAUUCAGUGUGGUGGCUUUAGCUAAUAUGAAGCUGCUUGGCUUGUCUGAGGACAAGGUCAACAUUCACGGUGGUGCCGUCGCCAUUGGCCACCCUCUGGGUGCUAGCGGUGCCCGUGUCCUGGCUACCCUCAUUGGAGUUCUUAAGGCGAAGCAAGGAAAGCUUGGCUGUAUCGGAAUUUGCAACGGCGGGGGUGGUGCUAGUGCACUUGUGAUCGAGUCCCUGCUCUAG